UCGGCCAUGGCCCCAGGGAUGUCGGGCCGCGGCGGCGCCGCCCUGCUCUGCUUCUCGGCGUUGCUAGCCCACGCUUCUGGCCGCUCCCAUGCAGCCAGCCCCAGCCCACCGGGGCCACAGGCCAGCCCGGUGCUGCCCAUCAGCUACCGCCUGUCGCACACCAGACUGGCCUUCUUCCUGCGGGAGGCUCGGCCCCCACCACCUGCCGUCGCCAAUGGAUCCCUGCAGCGUUCUGAGCCCUUCGUGGUGUUCCAGACCAAGGAGCUUCCUGUCCUCAACGUCUCCCUGGGGCCCUUCAGCACCAGCCAGGUGGUGGCCCGAGAGCUCCUGCAGCCGUCCAGCACCCUGGACAUCCCCGAGCGCCUGACCGUCAACUGGAAGGUGCGGGCCUUCAUCGUCCGGGCCCGUGUGCCUGCCUCGCAGCCCGUGGCCCAGGUGUUGUUCUACGUGGCCGGCCGGGACUGGGAUGACUUUGGUGUCACCGAGCGGCUGCCCUGUGUCCGUCUGCACGCCUUCCGGGAUGCGCGGGAGGUCAAGAGCUCCUGCCGCCUCAGCGGGGGCCUGGCCACCUGUCUGGUGCGGGCAGAGCUGCCCCUGGCCUGGUUUGGGCCCCCCGCCCCAGCCGCACCACCCACCGCCCGCCGCAAGUCUUCGGAUGGGCUUGAGCCUGAGGCAGCAGGGGAGAGCCAGCAGGCUGAGCUCUACUACACUCUCCACGCCCCAGAUGCAUCAGGGGGCUGUGGGGCCACCCGCCGGGGAUCCGGGCCGGGGCUGGGGGCUCGGGCUGAGAGCCCCACCCAGCACCCACUGCUGCGCAUCGGGAGUAUCAGCCUAUUCCGCCCGCCCCCCAGGAGGACCCUGCAGGAGCACAGGUUGGACAGCAACCUGAUGAUCCGCCUGCCGGAUCGGCCCCUCAAGCCGGGAGAGGUGCUCAGCGUCCUCCUCUAUCUGGCUCCUAACUCCUCCUCUCCCUCCAGCCCCAGCGUGGAGCAUUUCACACUCAGGGUGAAAGCCAAGAAGGGCGUGACCCUUCUGGGCACCAAGUCACGGACCGGCCAGUGGCACGUCACCUCAGAGCUGCUGACUGGUGCAAAGCACUCAACAGCCACUGUGGAUGUAUCCUGGGCACAGGGCACACCCCUGCCCCCCUGGGAGGGCCAGGGGCCCCUGGAGAUCUUGCAGCUGGACUUUGAGAUGGAGAACUUCACCAGUCAGUCGGUCAAGCGGAGAAUCAUGUGGCACAUCGACUAUCGUGGCCACGGUGCCCUGCCUGACCUGGAGCGGGCAGUCACUGAGCUGACGGUCAUCCAGAGGGACGUGCAAGCCAUCCUGCCUCUAGCCAUGGACACAGAAAUCAUCAACACUGCCAUCCUCACUGGCCGGACGGUGGCCAUCCCUGUCAAGGUCAUUGCCAUCGAGGUGACCGGCCUUGUCCUAGACGUCUCUGCCCUAGUGGAAUGUGAAUCUGACAAUGAGGACAUCAUCAAGGUAUCCAGCAGCUGCGACUACGUGUUUGUGAGUGGAAAGGAGUCUCGAGGGUCCAUGAACGCCAGGGUCACCUUCCGCUACGACGUCCUCAAUGCCCCCUUGGAAAUGACAGUCUGGGUCCCCAAGCUGCCCCUGCACAUCGAGCUGUCAGACGCCCGGCUCAGUCAAGUGAAGGGCUGGAGAGUACCGAUCCUCCCCGACCGGAGGUCCGCCCGGGAGAGUGAGGAUGAUGACGAGGAGGAGGAGGAGCGGCGGCUGAGUGCGAGCCGGGGCUGCACCCUGCAGUACCAGCAUGCCACCUUGCAGGUCUUCACCCAGUUCCACACCACCUCGUCCGAGGGCACCGACCAGGUGGUCACCAUGCUGGGCCCAGACUGGCUGGUGGAGGUCACCGACCUGGUCAGCGACUUCAUGCGGGUGGGCGACCCCCGAGUGGCACGCAUGGUAGACAGCAGCACGCUGGCAGGCCUGGAGCCGGGCACCACCCCCUUCAAGGUGGUAUCCCCACUGACGGAGUCUGUGCUCGGGGAGACACUGCUGACAGUGACAGAGGAGAAGGUCAGCAUCACACAGCUGCAGGCCCAGGUCGUGGCCAGCCUUGCCCUCUCUUUGCGACCCAGCCCUGGGAGCAGCCAUACCAUCUUGGCCACUACAACUGCCCAGCAGACCCUCAGCUCCCUCAAGCAGGAAGCCCUCCUGAGCCUCUGGCUCUCCUACAGUGAUGGCACGACAGCCCCACUCUCCCUCUACAGCCCCCGGGACUACGGGCUGCUGGUGAGCAGUCUAGAUGAGAGGGUGGCUACAGUGACCCAAGACCGCGCCUUCCCUCUGGUGGUGGCCAAGGCUGAGGGUGCCGGGGAGCUGCUCCGUGCAGAGCUCACCAUUGCUGAGAGCUGUCAGAAGACCAAGCGCAAGAGUGUGCUGGCCACAACCCCCGUGGGCCUCCGGGUGCAUUUUGGGCGGGAUGAGGAGGACCCCACUUAUGACUACCCAGGCCCCAGCCAGCCAGGCCCUGGAGGGGGUGAAGAUGAGGCCCGGGGUGCCGGCCCCCCAGGCACGGCGAUGCCCCCACCCGAAGCCCCAGGGCCAGGCACUGCCAGUCCCGCCAUGCCACCCACAGAGGACUUCCUGCCACUGCCCACCAGCUUCCUGCAGAUGCCACGUGGGCUGACGGACCUGGAGAUCGGCAUGUAUGCACUCCUGGGGGUCUUCUGCCUCGCCAUCCUCGUCUUCCUCAUCAACUGCAUUGUCUUCGUGCUGCGUUACCGGCACAAGCGCAUCCCGCCCGAGGGCCAGACCAGCAUGGACCACUCUCACCACUGGGUGUUCCUGGGCAACGGGCAGCCGCUGCGGGUACAGGGGGAGCUGUCCCCGCCUGCCGGCAACCCCCUGGAGACAGUGCCCGCCUGCUGCCACGGUGACCACCACAGCAGCGGCAGCUCGCAGACCAGCGUCCAGAGCCAGGUGCAUGGCCGGGGCGAUGGCUCCUCGGGCGGCUCGGCCCGGGACCAGGCCGAGGACCCGGCCAGCUCGCCCACCUCCAAGCGCAAGCGCGUCAAGUUUACCACCUUCACCACACUGCCCUCGGAGGAGCUGGCCUAUGACUCGGUGCCCGCCGGCGAAGAGGAUGAGGAGGAUGAAGAGGACCUGGGUUGGGGCUGCCCGGAUGUGGCAGGUGCCACGAGGUCCACGCCACCUCCAGACCUGCACAAUUACAUGCGCAGAAUCAAAGAGAUUGCAUAGAGGCAUCUCCCCUCCCAGUGGGCUCUGUGUGGGACGCGGCCAGGACCCCUGCUCACUCUGACAGGCAGCUGAAGUGGAUUUUAUACUCCCUGCCCUGCAGCUCUGCUCUGUGCGGGCGGCCACCUCCCGUCUGCUCCUUCCUGGUCCUUUGCCUCAACCUUACGCUCUUCUGCCCCUGCAGGUGGAGGGCGCCUCCCUCCUGGGGCCUGCCGUGGGAGAGCACUCCCAGCCCUCAUUCCCUUUCCGAACCUCCUUCUAUCCUAGGCAACCCUUCACCCCAGGAGUGAGGCUUGGAGGCCAAGCUUGGGGCAAGGUGGGUCCACACUGUGCCCCGGCCCUGCCUCCCAUGAGCCCCGUCUGCCCCUGUGUGGGGGACUCCGGGUGGGGGGGUGGGGGGUCUUGUGUCACAAGCUGCACAAAGACUUUUCUCAAACCACUAUUCAGGGAUUUCUGUCCUGCAGGGUGGGGAGGUGGUGGCUGCCUGCCCUGCCAAGGAUCUUGCUGUGGACAAAACAUUGGAGGAGUGGGGGCUCUGGGUGCCCCCUUCCUCUUCCCAGGACCUGGUUGCUGACUCCACAGAAGGCCCAGCAUCAAGCCAGGCACUUCCUGAGACCUCAGGACUCCCUUCUCUGCCUCCAAGGGCUGUGGGCAGGGCCAAACUGGAGGAGUCCUCCACCCACACUCCAGGACUUCACGGCCUGGGCCAGCCCAGGGAGGCUGGGUGCCUCCUGCCUGCCCACAGCAAGAUCAGCACUACGCCUUAGCUGCCCCUCCCUCUCUGCUGACCACUCCUCCCCUCUCUGCAGGGGCAGCCACCCCCACCCCCCAGGAAAUGGUAUCGUUGGGUGGGAGGCGGAGAGAGGGCACCAGAGAAUGCUGUGAAGGACCUUGGGAUGGGCAAAGGCAGAGGGAGUUGGGCGUCUCCCCUACCCAUCCCACAACCACUUUUCUCUCUUGGGUUCUACCCUCCACUGUGUCGGAUUUUUCUUAAAUAAAUGGAGGCGACCAGAUGGGGUGGGAGCAGCAGCUCCUGAAGAACAGACAGUA